GUGAAUGAGUGAGAAAGGGGUGCAGGUACCCGCACGGGUAAGCCACCGCCCACCUGCGUCCCCGGCGGCGGCGGCAGGCUUCGUUGGCGUUUUGCUGGCAACUGCUGCUGCUGGGAUCUGCAGACACGGUGGGGACGCUCAGUUCUCCCCAAAUGGCCUCCACACCGAGCCACGGAACCCCUGGAUUAGCGCACACCCGUAUCUGGACGCACAGGUUGACAGUUAAUUUCCCGCCUUCUGUGCAGCACGGCGCUGGGGCGGCUUCCGUGCUUCUUGCUCAGUCACUCUUU